AGAAGUUCUGGGCAAAGUACUGGGAACUGGUAGCGCAUUCUCAUUGCCAGCGAACCUCCCCGGAAAAGGGACCUCAGCGCCAGACGGCCAGUGCGCAGCUAGGCUCUUGGUCCUGCUAUCAGUCCUCAGUGGCGGUCGGCGCCCGAGUCUCCUAGGCUGAUGCGGCAACUGUCAGCUGCUUUUUGCAGGGCGACUUGAGGAGCUGGGUUUGCCUCCUUCCUGGUCUGUGAGCAAACCCUGGAGCGGGGCACCGGGGGACUAGGCGGUGUUCCCUGCGGCAGAGCGCGCAGGGAUUUCCUCUGGGCCAUCUAAAAAUGCUUUUUGAGCAUACUGGAUAAGAGCUGACCUAUCUACCUGUGUGGGACCUCCAUACUCUCAACUCCUCUGUCUUCUGAUGGCAUUUUGAUUGCAUUGAGGCCAAGUGACUGACCAGCUGCUCACGAUGAGUGAUGAAAAGAACCUUGGUGUGUCCCAGAAAUUGGUCUCACCUUCAAGGAGCACAAGUAGCUGCUCCUCCAAGCAGGGAAGUCGACAGGACAGCUGGGAAGUGGUGGAAGGACUGAGGGGGGAGAUGAAUUACACCCAGGAGCCGCCUGUUCAGAAAGGAUUUUUGCUGAAAAAGAGGAAGUGGCCCUUAAAAGGCUGGCACAAGAGAUUUUUCUACCUCGACAAAGGAAUCUUGAAAUAUGCCAAGAGCCAAACAGAUAUAGAAAGAGAAAAGCUGCAUGGCUGUAUUGAUGUGGGGCUCUCGGUGAUGUCUGUAAAGAAGUCAUCCAAGUGCAUCGAUCUUGACACAGAGGAGCACAUCUACCAUCUGAAGGUGAAGUCAGAAGAAGUCUUUGAUGAGUGGGUAUCCAAACUUCGUCACCACAGAAUGUAUCGCCAGAAUGAAAUCGCCAUGUUUCCACAUGAAGUUAAUCACUUUUUCCCAGGGUCGACUGUCACAGAUUCUGCACCUGGGACAUUUGACUCCAUUUCUAGUAGGAAGCGUAGCAGUAUAUCAAAGCAGAAUUCAUUUCAAACUGGAAGCAAUUUAUCAUUUUCUUGUGGUGGAGAGACACGAGUUCCCUUAUGGCUACAGUCUUCAGAGGACAUGGAAAAAUGCUCAAAAGACCUGGCACACUGCCAUGCUUACCUGGUGGAAAUGAGCCAGCUCCUACAAAGUAUGGACGUCUUGCAUCGGACAUACUCGGCUCCUGCCAUCAAUGCCAUCCAGGGUGGAGUUUUUGAAAGUCCCAAAAAGGAAAAAAGAUCACACAGGAGGUGGCGGUCCAGAGCUAUUGGCAAAGAUGCUAAAGGAACACUGCAGGUCCCUAAACCUUUUUCUGGCCCUGUAAGACUACACUCCUCCAAUCCUAAUCUGUCAACACUAGAUUUUGGAGAAGAUAAAAAUUAUUCUGAUGGUUCUGAAACCUCAUCAGAGUUUUCUAAAAUGCAGGAAGAUCUGUGUCAUGUUGCCCAUAAAGUUUACUUCGCCUUAAGGUCAGCUUUUAAUACCAUAUCAACGGAGAGAGAGAAACUGAAGCAGCUGAUGGAUCAGGAUGCCACCUCCUCCCCUUCUGCUCAGGUCAUCGGUCUGAAGCACGCUCUGUCAUCCGCCCUAGCACAAAACACAGAUCUUAAAGAACGCUUACGCAGAAUCCAUGCGGAGUCUCUGCUCCUCGACUCGCCCGCUGUUGCCAAGCUGGGUGACAAUCUGGCAGAGGAAAACUCCAGAGAUGAAAACAGAGCUCUGGUUCACCAACUUUCCAACGAAAGCAGGCUCUCCAUCACUGACUCCCUUUCGGAGUUUUUUGAUGCACAGGAAGUUCUGUUGUCACCAAGCUCUUCAGAAAAUGAGAUCUCUGAUGACGAUUCAUAUGUCAGUGACAUAAGUGAUAAUCUUUCCUUGGAUAAUCUCAGUAAUGAUUUAGAUAAUGAAAGACAGACCUUGGGGCCUGUUCUUGAAAGUGGUGGGGAAGCAAAGUCCAAAAGAAGAACUUGCCUGCCGGCGCCAGGUCCCAACACCAGUAACAUCAGCUUGUGGAACAUUCUGCGAAACAAUAUCGGGAAGGACCUGUCCAAAGUGGCCAUGCCAGUGGAGCUGAAUGAGCCCCUGAACACGCUGCAGAGGCUCUGUGAGGAGCUGGAGUACAGUGAGCUGCUGGACAAGGCUGCACAAAUCCCCAGUCCCCUGGAAAGGAUGGUGUAUGUGGCCGCCUUUGCCAUAUCGGCGUAUGCGUCUAGCUACUUCCGAGCUGGGAGCAAGCCAUUUAACCCGGUCCUUGGAGAAACGUAUGAGUGCAUUCGAGAGGACAAGGGCUUCAGUUUUUUUUCAGAACAGGUCAGCCACCAUCCACCUAUCUCUGCAUGCCACGCUGAAUCUGGAAAUUUUGUUUUCUGGCAAGAUGUGAGAUGGAAAAACAAAUUCUGGGGUAAAUCCAUGGAAAUUGUUCCUAUUGGCACAACCCAUGUGACUCUGCCAGCUUUUGGAGAUCAUUUUGAGUGGAACAAAGUGACCUCUUGCAUCCACAACAUCUUAAGUGGACAGAGGUGGAUUGAGCACUACGGAGAGAUCGUCAUCAAGAACCUGAAUGAUGAUUCCUGCCACUGCAAAGUGAAUUUCAUAAAGGCAAAAUACUGGAGUACUAAUGCCCACGAGAUCGAAGGCACGGUAUUUGACAGGAGUGGGAAAGCAGUGCACAGGCUCUUUGGGAAAUGGCAUGAGAGCAUCUACUGCGGGGGCUCCUCCUCAUCCACGUGCCUCUGGCGAGCAAAUCCCAUGCCAAAAGGAUAUGAGCAAUAUUAUGGCUUCACACAGUUUGCAUUGGAGUUAAAUGAAAUGGACUCAUUGUCAAAGUCUUUAUUGCCCCCGACUGACACUCGGUUUAGACCAGAUCAAAGAUUUCUAGAAGAAGGGAACAUAGAAGAAGCUGAAAUACAAAAGCAGAGGAUUGAACAGCUACAGAGAGAAAGGCGGAAGGUCUUAGAAGAAAAUAACGUGGAACACCAGCCUCGGUUUUUCAGGAAAUCCAGUGACGACUCUUGGGUGAGCAACGGCACCUAUUUGGAACUUAGAAAAGAUCUUGGUUUUUCCAAACUGGACCAUCCUGUCUUGUGGUAAAAAAAAAAAAGUAAAGAAAAUGAAAGAUUUGUGAGGGUACUUCUCCUGUGUUUGCUCCUAGAAGCAGCACAAACUGUGUCUAUCUAUUUAAAAGAUAUUAUCUAGAAUGAUCACUUGUGCUUAGCUUAGCAUUGUAAGUAUUUAAGUACAUAUUUUCUUCUGUGGGUUUCUUUACAAUUUCGAAUGUUACCAUGAUUGUUUAUAUGAAUACAGAACACCUCAAUAUUUCCUUUUAUAUAUAAACUAUUUAAUAAAAAUGAAAGAAUUGAAUGUUAAUGUGUGGGUUUAAAAAAAAAAGAAGCUUUAACACUACUUUUCCAAAGGUUAGGGAAAAUUCAAAUUAAAUUUAUGCCUUAUAAAAUUAUGUUGGAGAAAAAUAAAUCAAACUCUCCCAGGUGCAUUAAGAAAUAAGAACACCCAGGGUUACUCACCCAUGUGUAAGCUACCCAAGUUUAAUUUGGUAGCUAAGAUAUCUUUUUGCCUCAGACAGCUCUUGAAUUGCUCAGACGAGCAAUUCUGCUGGUGCUGGACUCUGAAGAAUAUUUUCAUUUGCAUUUUAGUGGUUAAAGAGGAUGGUAUAAGAUUAGUGGAAUGUAUGUUUUUACAUAAGAUGGAUCUGACACCUUCUUGAAGGGGAAGUAUUUGAGUUUGUCCUUCCCUUUAGUUUUAUUGCCUUAUAUACAGAAUUAUACCCUCUUGCUCAGAGAAAUUGUCCUUAAUUAGAGAAUUCCCCAUUAAUUUAAAGUCCUAAUGACAUCCCAGAGAGGUAGCAGGAAUUUAUUCCUUAGUGGGAAAGCUCAGUCCUUAAUGAAUUAAAAAGUGAUCUCCUGCUUCCCAUCCGACUCCUUUGUGGCCUGAACCACAGGUCUAUGGAGUAUGGAAUGUCCCUGUUUAGUAAAAAAUAUACAGUACAAUGCACACCUGAGUUUGACUUUCUAAAAGUUUAGCGAGAUAACGAUUGUCUUAAAUAACUCAACAUAUUUUUCUUAAAUACUAUCUGGUAUUUUCUACCUCUUAAUAAACAUUGUAUUUUAGAUCUUGUAUAGCAAGUUUGACCAUCUGCCUUAUAGAUAAAUGUAGAAAGUCAAUGUUCUCCUUUUGUUUUGUCUUCCAAGAAAGCUUUAAGUGUCUUACCCCUUUCCCAAUUUUCUUCUCAUUUGUAUCACUCUGUGAGUUCUACAGCAGUCUUGGAUAAUAGAUUGUAUCUACUGAUUCCUUGAAGUGUGUUAUUUCAAAUUACAAUAAUAUAAUUUGUGCAGUGGUUGAAUUGUGUUGUCAGAACAAUUCUAACUUCUGUGCAGUUUACAUUAAAACCAAAGUCUAAUUGUGAAGCCUUUUACUCAGAUGAUCAUAACAAUCCUAUGAAAUAUGUCAAAUGUCAUGAUAUGCUAAAGAGAUUACUCCAGAAAACAUCUUUAGAUAUAUAAAGAAUUUCAGAACAUGUAGAAUGAUUGGAAUGAAGAGUAAAAUAAAUAACAGGAAAAGUAUGCAUGAUUUUCUAAUGUCACAUCAAAUAACCAAUUGGACAGCAUCGCCUUUUCAAAAUGGAGAGUUAUAUAAAAUGGAUCAGUAGCCUUUUGGAGUCUGCAAGUGACUGGCAUUUUAAAACAACUCAUUAAAUAUUGGGUUCAUUUAUUCCAUUUUAUGGAGAUGUUAAAAUGAACACAGUGUGAAUAUCAUUUCCAUUUCUAAACAGCUGAAUGACACCAUCCAAUUCUUUGGUAUGUCCUUUGUUCUUUUUCUUUUCAAGUAUUUAUCCAAAUUCUGCUCACAGACAGGAAGAAACAGGCUGUAGAUUUAAGGGUCCUCAGGGGAAAAACAAAUCUAGUUUUCACAAUGUGAGGAUAAAUGUAGAAUUUUAGUAACACUGGCUGUUAAAUAGGCCUGCUCCACAGGCUGAAUCAAAAACAAAACAAAACAAAAAAACUCAACAAACACAGAAUGUACAGCCUGAAUGAAUGUAGCUUUGUCACACAGUAUUUGGAAAUUUUUUAAUUGUUCCAAUAUUGUUAUUUCAAAUGAUUGUAUGCUUUAUUUUGGAAUCACAAGGACAAGUGAACCACACAUCACCUCUGUAGUCAUCUUAUUUGAAUUGGGAGUAGGAUGAACAAAAUAUGGUACUGAUCAAUAUGCAAAUUUUAAAAUCUACUAGUCAGUAGCAGGGUCUUUAUAAAAGACUUUCCUGAGAUUUAAACAGCUUGUGAUGCAUCCUCAUAUUCAAAUCUUAAAACUUCCUUGGGAGGGGAGGGUGGCAUCUUUUUUCUUCUGUUCUUUCUCUCAGAAGCACCUUUCCACCAAAUUUGUAUGUCUAGGACUCUUACAUUUUUAAGAUGAAUAAACAGAAAUAUGGCAUUGUUUGGGAAGAACUGAGGUAGAAUUAAUGUCCUGGACUUUUAAUCUCUCAAUUAAAUAAUGCCCCCGUGUACCAUUUGAGGUAUGUUUUAACCUCAAUUUUAUUCAUAAAAUCUUACCACCUCGAAUUUAUGGUAAAUUAUACACAUAUUCUUGGAAAUGGGACCUUGUGCAAGCAACCAUGCUGCGCCUCAGGGUUCCUAUUGUCACUAUUGAUUCCUCCAAACUACAGGAAAUCUAUUCAAGAACCAGCAUUUCCAGUGUAGUGGGGAAGCAGAUCCAUUCCCAUUUGGGUCCCAGAGCACCCUAAAGUUGCUAUUUCCAAGAAUCAAAGGUAAUACAAAAGCCUCGGUUGCAGCUCCCAGCAGCUAAGAGGGUUCUGGAACUAACUGAACAGGUGGGAGUUUGCUUUAGGACAUCUGUGCAGUUACCUACCCAACAACCUUUCCGGUCUUCAUGGGUUUCCUUGGAGACUCCAGGAGAAAAAAAUACAAACUGAUUUUUUUUUUUUAAUGUUGACUUCAUUUGGGCUACUGCUUUUCUCAUAUAAUGCUUUAAUUGCUUCCAAUAAAUCAUUUACCUGGGCCUCAAGCACGUUUCUUCAUCUGCAGUUUCCAGAUUGAUGAGUGACCUUGUUCUAUGGGUUAAACCUAAAAGAAAAAUAAUAAAGUGUUCACCAGGCACUUGUACCCUCAUUCAGGCCUACCAUAUAUCCUACAAGUUACAUUAUGGCCUCUAGCUGUUGUAGAAUUCCUCAGACCUUUUAGUCUUAAGUAGGAGCAAUAAGAAGUUGUUCAUAUGAUCUUAGGAAUACAUUAGUUGCAUUAGUUACAAUGUUUUGGCAUAAUUUAUUUGAAUGUCUUUAAUUUUUAUAUUAACAUCAGCAUAAAUCUAUUUUUGCUAGCAGAUGACAGCUAUUUUCCUUCUGCAUUGUAUUAAUCUGUCACUCAGUGUUAGUCUUUCUGUGUAGGAAAUGUGCAUCAUCUAAGCAUCUGCAAAUUGUGACAGUCUAAAAUGAAAACCAGUUGUGGAGACUUUGGUUUUGGGGAAUGCAAUGAUCAGAAGUGGCUUAUUUAUUUUCUUAAUGAUGAUUUUUAUCUUCCACUGUUACCCUCAGAGGACAAUUUUUUUAACAUGGAUAUUUGUAAAUCUUCCAUUUAACCAUUUGUAAAAUUAUGUUCUGUCUAAAUACCACCCUCCUAUUCCCCUGACUCCCCAAAAAGCUCAAUAAAUUCGUUUACCCUCCUCAUGUAGCUAGUUGACCGAAUAAAUAACAUGAAAAAAAUA